UAACUUCAAGAAUUCCAAGCAGCAGCAGCUAGCAUUUGUUGCGGCUACAUCUGGCCCCCGCGGUUGUGCUCAAACGUUGUCCUGUUUUAUGUUUUGCUUUCUUCGUCGUCGUUUAGGCUUGCGCAUCUUUUUGGACAUUAAAACUUUAUCAGCAGUUACUCUUUGUUGCUCUCAAUGUGCAUUUUGACAUGCGGAGGCUACUAGAACCGUGUUGUUGGGGGAUCAUUUCUUUAAUUUUAUCUGACUACGUGCUUUUUGGGGCCGACUGUCACCCUGCUUUGACAGGAGGUCAGCCUGGAUCUUUACAAGGAAAGGAGCCUGGAAGAGCUGCUCGGCUACGGAGGAGGAGGAGGCGGGAGCCUGGAGAUCCCUACUGGGCCUAUUCAGGAACCUAUGGACCUGAGCACUGGGUUUCACUGAAUGCAGAAUGUAGAGGGACGAGCCAGUCCCCCAUAGACAUCACAGACCAAAAUACUAAAGUUGUACCAGAAAACCUAGAACUCAUCCUUGAGGGUUUUGAAGCUGAAUCUUCAAACAAAACAUGGAUGAAGAAUACAGGGAAAACUGUUGCCAUUCUGCUGAAGGAUGAUUAUUUUGUCAGUGGUGCCGGACUGCCAGGCAGAUUCAAAGCAGAGAAAGUGGAGUUCCAUUGGGGUCAGAGUAAUGCUUCAGCGGGCUCUGAACACAGCAUCAACGGCAGGAGAUUCCCAGUUGAGAUGCAGAUUUACUUGUAUAAUUCAGACGACUUUGACAACAUCGAAGCAGCUAUUUUGGAUAAGAGAAUAAUAGGAGCAAUGUCUGUGUUCUUUCAGGUUGGGCUGAAGGACAACCCAGCAGUGGACCCCAUUAUCCAUGGGCUGAAAGGGGUGGUUCAUCACGAGAAGGAAACAUUUUUGGAUCCUUUUGUGCUGAGAGACUUGCUGCCAACCUCACUCGGAAGCUAUUACCGCUACACUGGUUCCCUGACAACCCCGCCUUGUAGUGAGAUUGUGGAGUGGAUAGUCUUCAGCAGGCCUGUCUUUGUCUCUUAUCAGCAGCUGGAGGCGUUUUAUUCCAUAUUUACCACUGAACAGCAGGACCAUGUCAAAUCAGUGGAGUACUUGAGGAACAACUUCCGACCGCUGCAGAGCCUGGAAGGAAGGGUGGUGUACAAGUCAGCCGUCAGAGAUGCUUGGAUCCAAGACAUGACCGACAGCCUGGGGAAUCCGUACGGAACUGAUUCCUCAAAAGUAUGCAGCACUCCUCCAGUCAAUAUGAAGGUGCAGCCAUUAAAUAAAACCGCAUUAGUAGUAAGCUGGAACAGACCUGAAACUGUCUACCACCCUCCCAUCAUCAACUUCAUGAUCUCCUACAGCUGGAAUAAGAACGAAGAGCCAAACGACCAAACCUUCACCAAGGACAGUGACCAGGACCUGAAAGCCGUCAUCAACACUGUCUCUCCGGACAUUCUUUACCUGUUCAGAGUCCAAGCUGUCUGCCAGAAUGACAUGAGAAGUGACUUCAGUCAGACCAUGCUCUUUCGAGCCAACACUACAAGGAUAUUUGAAGGAACCAGAAUUGUCAAAACAGGAAUGCCUACUGCAUCCCCAGCCUCUUCAGCAGACAUGGCACCCAUAAGCUCUGGCUCCUCUACCUGGACUUCCUCUGGCCUCCCUUUCUCAUUUGUUUCUAUGGCAACUGGAAUUGGGCCUUCGUCCAGUGGGAGUCAAGCAACUGUGGCCUCUUUGGUGACUAGUACAUUACUGGCAGGCCUUGGGUUUAGCGGGGGUGUAAUUUCUUCCUUUCCCAGUUCAGCCUGGCCUACCCGUCUGCCCCCUGCUACUUCUGCAACCACCAAACAGGUGGUGAAGCCUGUUGUGCCCACCACUGAGGCUGUAUCCUCCCCUGGCUCAGAGGGGGAUUCCACAGUCUCCAAAGACAACGAGGGGGCCGAAGAAGGAGAUAAAGAUGGGAAAGGGGAAGGUGAGGAGGGGGAGAAAGAGGGAGAAGAGGAGGGAGAAGAGGGGAAUGAGGUGAAGGAAAAGAAAGUGGUGACUGAAAUUGCAGAGACACAGGAGAACAAGACCAAAACCAAGGAGGCCACCACUGCUUCUCCGACUGCAACUGCGAAAGAGAAAGAACAAGAGGAGGAAGUAUCUGAGACCCCGAAAGCGGAGGAAAACGUGAUCCCCAUGGGAACAGUUAAACACCAGCUUGCUAAAGAGAUAGAAAUAGCCUUUGAUACGAUAACAGUAACCCCAACCCAAAUGUUGUCCACUUUUACACACAAAGCACCAGGUGUGGUUUCAAAAAGGCCAACAGUGACCGCAGAUGAAGACAUUGGUGAAAAGAAAAAGACUUUUGUCCUGGUUGUUGAUAAAGAGAAUAAUAGCGUCUCAAAUAUGGCAAGAAACCCGGGGCACUCUUCAAACAAAAUGGAGUGGAUCAUCCCGCUAGUGGUCGUCUCUGCACUGACUUUCGUGUGCCUCAUUCUCCUUGUGGCUGUGCUGGUUUACUGGAGAAAGUGUUUCCAAACGGCUCAUUUCUAUGUGGAAGAUAGCAGCUCUCCCCGGGUGGUCCCCAAUGAAAGCAUCCCAAUUAUCCCUAUUCCAGAUGACAUGGAGGCAAUUCCAGUCAAGCAGUUUAUGAAGCAUGUCAGCGAGCUGUAUUCCAAUAACCAGCAUGGAUUUUCAGAGGAAUUUGAGGAAGUGCAACGCUGUACUGUUGACAUGAACAUCACAGCAGAGCACUCCAGUCACCCAGACAACAAGCACAAAAACAGAUACAUCAACAUUGUUGCAUAUGAUCACAGUAGAGUGAAGUUGCGACCUUUAGCAGGGAAGGAUGCAAAGCACAGUGAUUUCAUUAAUGGCAAUUAUGUUGACGGUUACAACAAAUCAAAGGCCUACAUCGCAACACAAGGACCUUUAAAGUCAACGUUUGAAGAUUUCUGGAGAAUGAUUUGGGAGCAGAAUACCGGAAUCAUCGUUAUGAUCACAAAUUUAGUUGAAAAAGGACGAAGAAAAUGUGAUCAGUACUGGCCGUCCGAGAACACUGAAGAAUAUGGAAACAUUAUUGUUACACUGAAGAGCACAAAAGUACACGCCUGUUACACCCUGCGCCAUUUCACAAUCAGGAAUACAAAACUAAAAAAGGGACAGAAAGGCAACCCCAAAGGGCGUCAGAAUGAGAGGACAGUGAUUCAGUAUCACUACACGCAGUGGCCUGACAUGGGAGUACCAGAGUACGCUCUGCCAGUUCUCACCUUUGUGAGAAGAUCAUCAGCUGACAGGACUCCAGACAUGGGCCCAGUGCUUGUCCAUUGCAGCGCUGGUGUCGGCAGAACUGGAACUUAUAUAGUAAUUGACAGCAUGCUGCAACAGAUACAAGAUAAAAGCACAGUCAAUGUCCUGGGGUUCCUCAAACACAUCAGGACACAGCGCAACUACCUCGUCCAAACUGAGGAGCAGUACGUCUUUAUCCACGAUGCCUUGCUGGAAGCAAUCCUUGGCAAAGAAACAGAAGUACUUGCCAAUCAGCUGCACAGCUAUGUUAACAGCAUCCUCACCCUAGGGGCUGGUGGGAAGACGCGACUAGAAAAGCAAUUUAAGCUGGUGACGCAGUGCAAUGCAAGAUAUGUGGAAUGUUUCAGUGCCCAGAAAGAAUGUAACAAAGAGAAAAACAGAAACUCUUCUGUAGUACCAUCUGAACGUGCCAGAGUGGGUCUUGCACCACUGCCUGGAAUGAAAGGAACAGAUUAUAUCAAUGCCUCCUAUAUUAUGGGUUACUACAGGAGCAACGAAUUCAUCAUUACACAGCACCCCUUGCCUCACACAACAAAGGACUUCUGGCGAAUGAUUUGGGACCACAAUGCGCAAAUCAUUGUCAUGUUGCCAGAUAACCAAGGCUUGGCAGAGGAUGAAUUUGUAUAUUGGCCAAGCCGUGAAGAGUCUAUGAACUGUGAGGCCUUUACCGUUACCCUUAUCAGUAAAGACAGAUUGUGCCUCUCAAACGAAGAGCAAAUUAUCAUCCAUGACUUUAUCCUAGAGGCAACUCAGGAUGACUAUGUCCUUGAAGUGCGUCACUUUCAGUGCCCUAAAUGGCCAAACCCAGAUGCGCCACUCAGCAGCACCUUUGAACUUAUCAAUGUAAUUAAGGAAGAGGCCAUGACCCGAGAUGGACCAACCAUCGUUCAUGAUGAGUGUGGUGCAGUUUCAGCUGGAAUGCUUUGUGCUCUUACAACCUUGUCACAGCAGCUAGAGAGUGAAAACGCUGUGGAUGUCUAUCAGGUGGCAAAAAUGAUAAACCUCAUGAGGCCAGGAGUUUUUACAGACAUCGAACAGUACCAGUAUCUAUACAAAUCCAUGCUCAGUUUGGUCAGCACCAAGGAGAAUAGAAAUGGCCUUGUGUCAAUAGACAAAAAUGGCACUAUUGUGAUUAUGGAUGAAUCGGACCCAGCAGAAAGCAUGGAGUCUCUCGUUUGAAGAUUGAAAAGCCUUGAAGAGGCGCUUCAUUUGGAAAACUUCAAGGACUAGGCAGACUUUUUUGAGGCCUUUUUUUGCCAGACUCUAGGUUAAAUAAAAAUAACCUGAUUACUUUUUUUACACUGAUAAAGUUUUUGAUAUUUAUUUUUGCCAUUUUAUGUCUUAAUGUUAUCCUACUGAGCAUUUGCACCUAUGUUUAAUUUCACACAAUGAAACACAUUUUUUUCUAAUUUGCACUAUAUAAUCAGUGUUACUGCCUAUAAUAGUCAAAUCUACAGAAUUGAUAAUCAAGCUCUAAUGUGACAUUCCAUGGCAUCACUCAACGGAAUUGUGUGCUCUUGAGUUGAUCAGAACAACAAGCAUUUGGCAGUGUAUCGUCUGCAGUUUACCAUGGUACAAUGAAACCUGUGUAAUGCAGUCACAGCUGGGUUUGCUUUUGAGCACCCCAUUUUAAAUGUGUUUUAAUGCAUACAUUUCAUUAAGAAGUUUUGAUUCAGUGUGAUGAAACUAUGCUUUGUUUUAUACAGGGAAACACUGUAUUGUUUCGCUUAGGAAAUUAUCAUGCUGCUUUCUACACCUACAGCAAUAGGGUAAAAAUAAAUUAUUUUUUAAAUAUUCUAAAUAAGGUAUUCUUAAUAAAAGUCAAGCCCAUCAUAUUAUUCUUUUAAAAGUUGGUCAAAUUAAAACAAAACAAAAAAUCUGUGAAGUUAGGACCUUUUUUAAUAACUGAAUUCCUUACUAGUUGUUUUGUAACAUAGCAUAUACUGUAAGUUGACCUGACCCCCGCCCCCCCCCCACCUUUUAAAAAGGUCAAUAAUAUACUUUCAGCCCUCACCAUGAUAAAUGUAAGCUUUUAUUUGUAUUACAUUUUAUUUGUUUGUACCCUCAACACUGUAUGUGUUGCAUACCCUCCCUCCAUAGUCUGUAUUUGCUGAAGAUGAGUAGGAUAUGUAAUGUAUGAUUUUAAGGGUGUUUUCUUGUUAAAACCAUCUGGUCUCAGUGAAGAGGAGUUUUUCUAUCACAUGUGACUAUGAAUGCAACACUGACCCAUGGGUUUCUAGAAGAGCAAGCUUGGCCCCACAGACUCAACAUGUCUUGGUAUAUUGUUUUUUUUUUUUUUUUUUUGCUGAAAGCUUUCUAUUCCUUUUCUCCCAAAUGUAUUACCAGUGUGCUUUAGGCUCAUGCUGACAGGAUCAAUGCCUUGACUCGUUUGUUGCUACAUAACAACUGUGUCUGGUUUUAAACAAUCUGAUAUUUGAGUCUAUAUUGGGGAUAUUGGAAAAUAGAUCUAUAUCAGAAGCUAAACCAAUUUGUUACAUGUUAAUUGUACAGCACAACUGCCUUGAUAUUAGUCUUUUUAUUGUGUUGUAUUUAUUUAAAAAAAAAAAAAAAGAUUGGAGAG